UGGAUGGAGUGCAUGCACCUUCUUGGCAUUUUGUCUACCAAAACGCCGCCGAAAUGGACCAAUGGCCUAGCAUUUUUGGCCUAUUAAUGGUAAGGAUCAUCUGGCCGAGACGAGACACAAGAGAAAACACGUACUCCACUAUCACUAUGGGUUCUGGACCAGUACUCCGAGUGGUCAAAUCCUGCUUCGUCACGCCCAGCGGCGAGACGCCGCGGAAACGGCUGUGGCUCUCCGCGCUGGACCUGGUGCUGGCCAGCAGAGGCCACACACCGCUCGUCCACUUCUACAGCGCCGGCGACGUCGCCGCCGCCGGCGACGGAUUCUUCAGCGUGGCCAGGCUCAAGGAGUCCCUGGCCAAGGCGCUGGUGCCCUUCUACCCUCUCGCGGGCCGCCUCGGCGUCGACCCUGAUGGCCGGUUCGAGAUCGACUGCAACGGGGAGGGCGCCCUCUUCGUCGUGGCUCACUCCGACCGCACCUUCGACGACUUCAGCGACCACAAGCCGACGCCGGAGACACGGAGGCUGUUCUGUCCUCCCGUCCAACCAUCGUCCGUUAUACUCGCCGUACAGGUCACCUUCUUGAGGUGCGGCGGCGUGGUCUUGGGGACGGCCACGCACCACGCCGCGGCGGACGGCCCCAGCACGUUCCACUUCAUCCGGACGUGGGCGGGAUACUGCAGGGACGGCGAGGGCGCGGCGGUAGAGCUGCCGUGCCACGAACGCGGCCUCCUCCGUGCGCGCUCCCCGCCCGUCAUCCACCCCGACACCAUCCCCACGUUCUGCAGCAGGCUACCCCAGCACGAUCCGUCCGGCGCCGUCGCGACCCAGGUCUUCACCUUCUCCGAGGACCAGCUGCGCGCCCUCAAGCGCCAUUGCGGCGGCGCCAGCGCGUUCUGCGCCGUGAGCGCCCUCGUGUGGCAGUGCGCCUGCGUCGCCCGGCGGCUGCGCCCGGAGGCGACCACGCGCAUCAACUUCCCGGUGGACAUCAGGCACCGCCUCACGCCGCCGCUGCCGGCCCGCUACUUCGGCAACGGGGUCGUCAACGUGUUCGCCGCCGCCGCGGUCAGGGACGUCGUGUCGGAGACGCUGGCCUCCGUGGCCAGCCGGGUGAGAUCCGCGACGGAGCGGCUCGACGAUGAGCUGCUGAGGUCCGCCGUGGACUACUUCGAGGUGGCGGAGAAGGACGGGCAGACGGAGCAGAGGGGGAACCUGCCGGAGACGGAGCUGCGGAUGAACAGCUGGUUCCACCUGCCCAUGUACGACGCCGACUUCGGGUGGGGGAAGCCGCGGGUGAUGACGAGGGCGGAGGCCGUGCGCGGCGGCUGGGUGUACCUCUUGUCCGGCGGCGGCGAUGGCAGCGCGCGCCUGCUCAUAUCUUUGGAGCCGGUGACCCUCAGCAAGUUCGAGCGCGCAGUUGCUGAACGCCAAGUUCUGCUACUGGCCGGUGUACAUGCUAGGCUGUGACCAUGCAUGCAGUACGGGAUCUUUUCAUUCCCAUCAACGGCGGAUUCAUCAUUGCAUCGAUCGGACGCGUGGCCGUUGGAUUGGAUUUGAUCGUUUGCUCAGUGCACAUCACGUGUAUCAGCUCAAUGGUGAUUCUUUUUCCCAACACUAGUAAUUGUGUACGUGCAAAUGCACGUCUUGAUUAAUGCGUAAAAACGUGUUGUUUUAUGUUAAUUUUUAUUCAGUUUUCAAGCUAUAUAAUACAUGCAUAUAAUUUUCCAGCAA